AACGUAAUGGAGCAGCUGGCACCCUAGAGAGCAUCGUCUGCCAUGCAAUGCUUACCAUCUUCAGUAAGAGAGGCGACGGUAUAGUGUGUGGACGUGCUGCUCCCUUACUCUUGUACUCUUGUCACAUUUCCUAUCAAUUUACCAGUCACAAGAAAACCAUGUCUCGCUCAGCUGACCGUUACCGGAUGAGUUCAAAUCAGUGCGUGUUGGGUAUUGAUAUAGGGACGACCUCGGUCAAGUGCUGUCUGGUGGACGUUGUAUCCAAGGAGGUCAUCUCCAGCCAGAAGAAGGACACGUACUCAGAUGUCCCCAGCGAACUUGGCACAGAAGGCAACAAGCAGGACGUGCCUCGCAUUCUGUCGGCACUGCAGAUGUGUGUCUCGCGACUGCCUAGAGAAGGGAUGCGCAAGGUGAAGAAAAUUGGCGUGUGUGGCCAGAUGCACGGCUGUAUGCUGUGGAAGCACGGUGAAGCUUGGGAACAGAAACCAGAUUCUGACAGAUUUGAAGUUGGCCAAGUAAGUAAUCUGUAUACAUGGCAAGACAGUCGAUGCUCACAGGAGUUCUUAUCAUCGCUCCCUGUGCCAAAAUCACACCAGACAGUAUCGACUGGUUUUGGCUGUGCUACGUUACUCUGGUUCUCCAAACACAAACCUGAAACUUUAACGAGAUUCAACCGAGCGGGAACAAUCCAUGACUUCCUUGUGUGUAUGUUGUGUGGGCUAGACCAUCCUAUUAUGUCCCUGCAAAUUGCUGCCUCCUGGGGCUAUUUCAACACCGUUACUAAGGAAUGGAAUUACGAGUCUCUACAAGAAGCUGGACUGCAGUGUGACUACCUGCCAAAGGUGGUGGACUCUGGGGAGGUGGUGGGGAAGUUAGCCAAUGCCUGGUACCUCAUACCAGCCGGCACACCCGUCAUCGCUUCGCUCGGUGACCUUCAGUGUUCAGUCCUGCCGUUGCUCUCCAAGAAUAGUGAAGCCGUGAUCAACAUUUCUACCUCAGCACAAAUAUGCUUCAAGAUGCCUCAAGACUUUGCACCAGCAGAGGAGCCACCAGUCAAUCCAGAACCAAUUGAGUACUUCCCCUUCUUUGAUAACUCUUACUUGGCCGUGGCUGCCUCACUGAAUGGCGGUAAUGCCCUUGCAGCUUUCGUGAGAACAGUGCAGCAGUGGAGCCUUGACUUAGGUUUUCAGGUUCCUCAGUCCAAAAUUUGGCAGAGGAUUCUUGAGUUGGGAGGAGACCCCCAGAGCAAGUCAUCACUGGUGAUCAAACCAACAAUCUUUGGGGAACGCCACACACCCAUGGCUAACGCUGAUGUAUCCAACAUUGACCUGGGCAAUGUGUCCCUGGCCAAAGUUACACGAGCACUGUGUAAGGGAGUGAUAACCAACAUACACAGCAUGAUGCCAAGGUCAAUGCUUGUAGAGAACGGUAUUACAAGUAUCAUUGGGGGCGGGUCAGCCCUUGCCAGGAAUCCCAUCUUGCUGCGGGAGAUAGAGGAGCUGUACAACCUUCCCGUGUCAAUAGACUCUCGGGGUGAUGCUGCAUAUGGGUCUGCCCUGGCAGCCAUAAAUGCCAAAUAGAGUUGAGACAUUAUUUCAGGAUAUAUUCAAGGUAGGAAGGAAUGGGCAGUUGAGUGCAUAUAUGAUGAUUCUAUGUUCUUGCUUCCUAUGUUGUCAACCCAACCCACCAAGAUAAUUGUACAGCAAACCUCAGGAACUGAAACCCUGUUUCUCAAAUGCAAGUUGAGGAAAAUUUCUUGAAGAACAGCAUGAAAAUAUCUUGGGCUUGUGUUAUAUUAAAUUCAGUCCAAUCAGUCACAAUAUUUAGGUCUUCUGCCACUGUUUGUUAAGCCUUAUGAGUCAAAGAUCUUGUAUCUGGUAUUGUUGUAGAUUUUGUGCUACAGCAAACUCAGCCUAGCUAGUCAAAGAUCUUCUAUCGGAAUUUAGAGUUCCUGCUGCAGUAAAUUAUGUACUGUGAGACUCAGAUUGUGUGUGUGUGAUUCUGAUAUAGGUUCGUAAAUUUUUAGAUGUGUUGCAUAAUACUGAAGGAAUGCAACCAAGAUGUUUGGUGUCUUCUUCCCGUGCCUGAACCCGUUCCUUAUGACUGUCUUUCUUACCCUCUAUAUCUCUGAUGCCUUGUACCCUUCUGGAACCUGCUCUAAUACUGAACAGUUUCUUUUGAUUAUCUUAGAUCAACGUGGGCUGGUGGUUCUAUCUUCAAUUGAAGAUCGUGAAAAUAUUUUAUUCCUUCUUUUACUUACUUCUGGCAACAGCGAGUUCUUUGUAACUGGUUGUGGCAGCUCCCUCUUAUUUAGAGCUGUGCUGUUUGCAUAUUUUGGUACAAAGUCCACAGCAUUUAUUUUCAUUUAUAUCAUUUAGGACCUUGGCUGUAGAGUAGGUAUUUUUUCAUGUUUCUAUUUUUUAUUUGUAUAGAGGCUUAAUGAACCACUUCCAACACUUGAAGUUGGUAUUGAAGUGCCAUUACUUGAAUAGAUGAGAAUAGAAUCUCUCAUAGUGUGUUUUGGUGAUCCCCCCUCAGAAAACAACCAAACUUAGCUUGUUGUCUGCCUCACAAGUAGCACUCUGAUGGUGAUACAAGCUUUUUCAGCAUACCAUCUACUCGUAGGUACCAAUGAUGAAAAUGUUUGUUGAACAGAAUCCCUUUCAGUUUGAGAAAAAGAAAAUUGUAUUGUUAUACAUUAUAUAUGUAAUUUCUGUUGUUAGUAAUCCAAUUCACUAUGUAUCUCUGCUGACUGGUUUUAGUUAUAAUUUAGAAACUGUGGUUAACAGUGUAUUAAUCCAAAAGCAAUUGUAACCCCUUCUGUCAAGACCUGGGGUGUGGUGGUGAUCUGUCGGCUAGUUUAUCCCCGGUGUGGGUUUAGUUGUUCAAUGAGAGUGAAAAGGCUUGUGAUGGGAUCACCAUGUUUGGUAGUAAGAUAAGUCUUCCAUAAUGUAUAUACUCAUAUCAUAUGUGGCCAACAGGUCAGGCCUCCAGGUUAAGUGUGGUAAACAGGUCAGGGCUCCAGGUCAUGUGCAAUCAACAGGUCAGGGCUACAGGUCACAUUUGUGGUCAACAGGUCAGGACUGAAGGUCACAAUUGUGGUCAACAGGUCACAACUGGAGAUGCUCUCGUGAUUUUAGUUUUAACGAUGUUGGUCAGUCUGUGUGCUAAAUGCCCAUGAAUUAUAUAUAUAAAUGCUUAAAUAUUAGGUAAAUGCACAUUUAUAAGUAAUUAUGAGUUCGUAUACAGUAAUACCCCAGUUAGUGCUCAGGAUACAUUCCUGGAAAACAGAGUUAUUUGAAACAGCACUCUAUGGGGUCAUUAUACCAUUGCAUGUUUGGAGAUGUGUUCCUGAUGACAUUAUUUUUCUACCUAUGAGAUAUAUACACUGUUGUAUGUGAAGGGUAAACCAAGUCCCCCAUUGACGUCGUUGAGAAAAAAUUGAAAAUACAGUACAGUAAACCCUCGAUAACUCGGCACAUACGGGGCCCUGGUCUUGCCCAGUUAUCCCAAAUUAUCGACCCAUAUACUGUAUGUAUACAUGUAAUUACUAAAUGUCAAAAAGUAUCACUUACCAGUACUGCAGGUGAAGAAUAAAGCAUUG